UUUUCUAGGGAAAUUAGAUGUUCACUUGAACAGUGUAGUCACUGACUUGAAUGUACAUGCCAUGUGCUCGUGUGAUUUUAGGUUAAAUGUUUAGACACUAUUUAUAAAAUAAAUACCAUGUCAUUUUUCAUUCGAAAUAAGCAAGGUGGCAGUGGGGCUAAGAGAAAGUUUAAUGGUCACGCUGGAUCUUCAAAAGGGAAGAAAAAUGUGAAGAAACCUGUAGCUGAUGACAAUGAAAGCAUCGCCAGCACAGAUGAAGAACUUGCAGAAGAAAAUCACAGACAUGAAGUAUAUGAAAGCGAGGAAGAAGAGGAAACUGCCCAGGAGAAACGUAUAAGAUAUGCAAAACAGUAUCUAGAACAAAUAGAAGAAGAAGAACGAGAUAGAGCAGAAUUUGAAGAGGGAGCUGUAACAAAACGAUUACGUGAAGAGUAUUUAGAGGAAAAGGGGAGGUUACGUAAAACAGUAGCUUCAAAAUAUAUUAAUCAUGGUGAACCAAUUGUUCUAAGGUGUAAAGAACAUAAAAGUUCUAUUACUUGUAUAUGCCUUUCAAGUAAUGGGAAUUUCUUAUAUUCUGGCUCAAAGGAUGGCAGUUUGGUUAAAUGGUGUCUGAAAGAAAGAACAAAGUUAAAGGUUGUUAAAAGAAAAAUGAAAACACAAGAAGGAAUGAAAUCUGUACGGUGCAUGGCCAUUAGCACUGAUGGUAAAUUUUUGGCAGUAGGAGAUAGCGGUUGUAAAGAAAUUAAGGUAUUUUCUGGAGAUACAUUAGAUCACAUAAAGAAUUUACAAGGUCAUAGAGAUAUUGUGACUGGUUUAGUUUUUCGCAAAAGUACACAUACAUUAUACUCUGCUUCCGAGGACAGAAGCGUAAAAGUAUGGAGUUUAGAUGACAUGGCAUAUGUUGAAUCUUUAUUUGGACAUCAGAGUGGUAUAACGUCGAUUGACGCACUUGUCAGAGAAAGGGCUAUUACCAGUGGCGGUUUUGACGGAACAGUUCGAAUUUGGAAGAUUGUAGAAGAAUCGCAACUUAUAUUUAACGGACACGGUGGUACUAUAGACUGCGUGAAACUCAUAAACGAAGAAAACUUUUUCAGUUGUGGGGAUGAUGGACAGCUAUGUGUUUGGGGUUGUUUAAAGAAAAAGCCUUUGUGCUCGGUACCGGACGCACACGGUAGAGAUGAAACUAAUAAUCAACCAAUGUGGAUUUCUAGUAUCGCUACUUUACUCAACACAGACUUAGUCGCAUCAGGAUCUCGAAAUGGCGUUAUUAGAUUAUGGCAGUGUGGUGACUCGUUCAGAUCACUAAAUCCAUUAUUUGAAAUUCAUCUAGUAGGUUUCAUAAAUGCGCUAUGUUUCACUCCAGACGGAACACAGCUUAUUGCUGGGGUUGGUCAAGAACAUAGUCUUGGAAGAUGGUGGCGUAUACCGGAGGCGAAAAAUAGUAUUGUUAUAAUACCAUUAAUUCAAACGAAAAACUGAUAAUCGAGAAGAUUGUUAUAAUGUACAUACAUGUUUGUCAUGGAUGAAUCUUUUUAUGCAUUAAAAACGGCGUUAUUUAGUAUUUUAUAAUUCCGUUGUUUUUUAUAUAUGAGCCAUUGCAAAGAAUUGAGUUAAUUAGGAAUUCUUUUCCUCGAUAGAGUACAAAAUAAAAUAAAUCUGAUAUCUCAGGGGGUGAGAUGCAUCUAUGAUGCUUGCCACGAAGUCCAUUAACGUCGGUGUGUCAAUGAAAUAAAAGAAAUAUUGGUCCACAGUA